CCCCCAUGCUCCACCUCCACCACCGCACCACCUCCCCCACACCGCCGCACCAACUCCCUCCCUCGCGCCGCCACCCCCAACCCCGCCGGCCAUGGCGCUACCUUCCCCAGGCCAGGGCGCCAUGCAACCGCGCCGCCCCACCACCACGCGCGAUCCCUGCACCACCUAUCUUCUACCACCUUCUCCGCAGCGACUCUCCAUCUGCCCGCGCCACCGCGCCGCCCACCACCUCGCGCUCUUCCACAGCCUGCAGCCACGGCGUCGCCCCCUUCCUUUCCCUUCCCCGGCGACUUGCCUCCCUCUGCGCUGCCCUCUGCGUCGGAUCCGGUGAGAUCCGACGAUUCAUGCCCCCCAUGGCCGGAUCCCGCUCCGCCCCGUCCGGAUCAAGCCGGGCCGCUCACCGCGCGAGCCACCGCGGCCACCACCGAGCGCUGCCCCCGACUGAGCUCCCGCGGGCGUACUUCACCUUCUGUUCUCCAGACCGGUGGACGGAAAGAAGAGGAGGACCUCCAACCCCAAGCCCAUAUGCAGUUCACCCGACGCGCCUGUUGCGGUGCGCAGCGCAUCUGAGUGCGUUCCGCCGGCCGUGCUUGCAGUCUGCUUUCCCCGUGCAUGCGUGCCAUGGCUGUCCAGAGGAGGAGCACGCCGCGGGCUCCCCCUUCAUCCUCUCCAACAAUGGCUCCGACGAGCCCCCUGGACGCACUGAAUCCAUCUCGGCCGCUCAUCAAAUUUUUAGUUUCUGCAGUUCGAUACAACAUGUCGUGUCCCCAAUUGAGCGGUCCUGGUAUUCAGGCAGUGCAGCUCAUCCUCUUUGUGCUCGCCGGUGUCGGAAGGCACUAGUGGCAGCGAAAGACACGAUGGUCACGGCGCGGCAAAAAGCGACGGUUCGGGCAGCCCGGUCGUGCAGUCUGCUGGUUUGAUGUGCACAAAAUUGCUUUGAUCUUUGAUUUGAACACCACCCGGCUAGAGCACAGGUCACCGGUGCCACCGUGACAUCCACUGUGGCUAGACUGUUUUGCUAGCGUGUUGUGGCACAUAUAAGAGCACGAGUGUGCAUUUCCUCUUUUUUGUUAAGUGGUGUCCGUGAAAAACAUUCAGGGCCUAAAAAUUCUAGGAACCUGCUUGUGAAAUGUUGAAAAUGAUGCAGUUCGUUA